AUGCGCAUGUCAUGUACAUGCAACGUCUCGCUCAUCACGGGCACGGCUUUGCUUCUUCCAGCUGUGGAGGGCGUCGAGGUGGCAGAGGGGCAUCGCUGCGGAGCUCCCGCAACUCUCUUCUCAUGCAGGCGGAAGCACGGACGGCUCCUCCUGCUUUGUCGACGUGCGCCGAGUGUUUGGCUCAACGCAUUGGCGUCUGUACGGGCAAUGCCGCGUUGCAGGGUGACGCCACUAAAGGAGGGGCGGCGCGUCUUGACGCGGCAAAUGGACGUGGUAUUGCACCCUCUUGACACCCACGGCGUGGAUGCACCUUUUUUACCUGCGUACGAUUUCUUUGCGGCCACGCAGGUGGCGCGUCGCGUGGUCGUGACUUCAGUUCUGGUGGCGUGGUGGAAGCGGCUCGUCAUGCGAGGGGGAGGGGCGGUUGCGGGGUCUUCAACGGCUGCCACGUUGUGGGUUCACGGCGAGGCCUCAGUUUUUGUAGAUUGCUUUGUGCACCAAU